AUGAACAUUACGCUAAAUAAAAAGAAAUGUGAAUUCAACCAGAACAAAUUAGAGUUCUUUGGAUAUAUAUUUGGUGAAGACGGCAUGUCGGCAGACCCAAAGAAGGUCGAAACCAUCAAGAACACACCACCACCCAAGAAUGUGCUAGAGCAAGACUUGAACGCUGGAGAAUGCGACUAUUAUCAUACGACUUUAACGUCAUACAUAAAAAGUGGAGAUUCGGACAUGUCGGAUUUCUUGAGCAGACACCCAGACACAGAAAAACGCAAACAAACAAGCGUGGCAGAGGAAUAUGUUAAUUUCCUGGCAUAUCAUGAUGUCCCUGUAGCCAUGAACAUGAAUGAAAUAAUUCAAGCAACAUCCCAGGACGUUGACCUCCAAAUGGCCAUUAAAUAUGUCAAAUCUGGAAACUGGAAUAACCCAAGCAAAAACAAAAUCAUUGAUACCCUGUCACGCUGCAAAAACGAGCUGUCGGUAGUAAAUCUUCAAAAUGGUGAAAUUCUGCUGCAUGAGUCCAGGAUUGUUAUCCCUAGGCAAUUACAAGAUAAAGUGAUUUCAUUAGCUCAUGAGGGUCAUCAGGAAAUUGUUAAAACCAAACAAUUAUUAAGAGAGAAAGUGUAUUUCCCAGGCAUGGAUCAAUUAGUAGAAGCAAAAUGCAAAUGUUGCAUUCCGUGUCUAGCAGCAACAAAUAAAAAGACUCAAGAACCGCUGCAAAUGAGUGAAAUGCCAAAAUACGCGUUUCAGGUAGUUAGCUUGGACUUUUGUGGACCAUUUCCGGAUGGAAAGUAUUUACUCGUGUUAAUGGAUGAAUACUCACGCUUCCCGUUCGUUGAAGUACUUAAUUCAAUCACAGGCAACACAGUGAUUCCUGUGCUAGACAAAAUUUUCUCAGAAGCAGGGAUUCCAGAAGUGUUAAAAUCAGACAACGGAAGUCCCAUGAAUUCACACCAGUUCAAAGAUUUUGCUAAGCAUAUGGGUUUCAAACACAAGAAAAUAACUCCUCUGUGGCCGCAGGCAACUGCUGAAUUUAGAGAAUUUGAUUAG